CUUUGGGCAAACUUCAUUUGCUGUCAACCCGAUUUCUCAGGGCUGCUUUCGUGGCUGAUUGCUGUUAUAGAUUUGGAGGAUUUGGCAUCAGAGAGGACAAUUAGGAAUAUUAAGGAGCAAAAUGGUCUCUAUUACUUGUCAGGUAUAGUUGAUUUGUCAUGGAAAGCAGUGAACAUCUGGGUUUCUCAAAGCACGAUUCUCCUGAGUUACUUCCACCACUCAUCAAAUUUAUCUCUGCAAAUGAAGUUGCUGGCUUUGACAAUGUCAGAGAGGAUAAACAUUUAGAUAAUCAGUAUCAGAAAAAUGGUUCCCGCUCUUCCAAUCCCCCGGCCACAGUAACCGAUAUAGCUGCCCAAAACCAGAGUAGUAAUUCGUGGUCACAGAUAAUGCAUUCUGUUUCUAUCAGCAUGCCCUCUUCCCCUAUGGAAGUUCAAUUACAGGGCUCUAGAAAAGUAUUCUUCAAAGAUUGCAACGGAACCACUCUCGCCAAUGAUAUUCCAAAUGCUUCUCCUCCAUCCACUGAUGCUGGGACUAAACAGGCAAAAUUCCAUUCUCAACCAAUUCCAUCAGGUCUUGCAUUUGAUAAUGCAGUUGCAACUGGAAAAUUUCCCAUCCAUGCUGAGCCUCCACCAAAGAAUCCAAGGAUUGACAGGUUGAGGGAUAGGCAGUUUGAUUCUUUCAAAACAUGGUCUGGCAAGCUUGAGAGGCAGUUGUCAAAUUUACGUGGAAAGCCACGGGAAACUGAGCCAGAGGAAAACACUCCAAAUUUAGAGGUGGAGACAUUACCUGUGGAUCGAUUCUUCGAGGCCCUGGAAGGACCAGAGUUGGAUACCCUCAGGGCUUCAGAGGAAAUAUUGCUUCCAGAGGACAAGCAAUGGCCAUUUCUUCUUCGCUAUCCUAUUUCUUCUUUUGGUAUUUGCCUCGGGAUUAGCAGCCAAGCCAUUAUGUGGAAGACCUUGGCAAUUUCUGAUUCUACAAAAUUCCUCCACGUAAACCUGGAUGUAAAUCUCACCCUAUGGUGCAUCUCUGUUGCUCUUGUUGCCACGGUUUCUUUCGUCUACUUGCUCAAACUGAUACUGUACUUUGAAGCAGUUCGUCGUGAAUACUAUCACCCUGUCCGCGUCAACUUCUUCUUUGCCCCAUGGAUUGCCUUGUUGUUCUUAGCUCUUGGAGUUCCACCAUCAGUUGCUGGACAGCUACAUAAAUCUCUCUGGUACAUUCUUAUGACACCAAUUUUCUGUCUAGAGAUUAAGAUUUAUGGACAGUGGAUGUCAGGAGGACAAAGGAGGCUUUCGAAGGUGGCCAAUCCUUCGAACCAUCUCUCUAUUGUUGGGAACUUUGUGGGGGCUCUACUGGGUGCAUCAAUGGGUCUAAAAGAAGGUCCAAUAUUCUUCUUUGCUGUUGGAUUGGCUCAUUACAUAGUCUUAUUUGUGACGCUGUACCAGAGACUCCCAACAAACGAAACCCUCCCGAAGGAACUCCAUCCAGUUUUCUUUCUGUUUGUUGCAGCACCCAGUGUUGCUUCUAUGGCUUGGGCAAAGAUUCAGGGCUCCUUUGGUUAUGGAUCGCGAAUUGCUUACUUUAUUGCCUUGUUCCUAUAUCUCUCACUGGCUGUUCGAGUUAAUUUCUUUCGAGGUUUCAGAUUCUCAUUGGCAUGGUGGGCUUACACUUUCCCCAUGACCGGGGCUGCCAUUGCAACCAUCAAGUAUGCCAACGAGGUCCCGAACGUAUUAACCAAAACGCUAUCCAUCGCGCUCUCUGUCAUCGCCACGCUCACCGUGACAUCGCUUCUCGUGGCAACCGUUCUCCAUGCCUUCGUGCUACGAGACCUCUUCCCCAAUGACAUUUCCAUUGCCAUCAGCGACAGGAAGCCGAAAACCACCCGGAAAUGGUUCCACAGGAGAGCCGGCAGCUCAGAGAAUGAUAUCGAAAACUACCUUAAAUUUUCUGACACGGAGAAGGAUAUAGAGGCUGCUGUCGAACCAGCAGCAGAUGUCAAGGAAAAUCACUCUCCCGGCGGUUUGGAAUUGGUACCUUAGGAUUGUUACCAUCGUUCUAAAAUUUUACCCAGAAAGAAGAAAAAAAAAAGGAAAAAGAAAAGGCAAGGGAGGAAUGGGAUUUCAAUUCCAGUGAUCUUGAUGAAUGUAUAGAUAGAGAAAAAUGAAGGCUUUAUCUUGUUAGCAGGUGUUUGAACACUCUUUUGAGUUGUAAGUCUUGAGCAUAUAUCAUAAAUAAUAUGAUUUUGGAACAAGAUUUUGGUGUUUUUAAUCGUUCAA